UCUCGACACACCACCAUGCGGGACGACGAGCCCCCGCUUCUAGCCGCCCCCAUCCCCGGCCCCCAACCUUCCCGCUUGAAGCGAACGCUACAAACGCUCCGCUCGCCGUUCCGCUCCGGCGCGCCCUUCCACAUCGCGUCGCUCAAGCGCACCGGUUCGAGUAAAUCCUCAGUAUCGGACAGUGAGAUCGCGCGAGACGAACGCACUAUGCGCAAGAAAAAUAAGAAACUACGCGCGGAGUCGGCGGACGCUUCGCGGAGCACUGACAGUUCGCCGAUCGUUGAAAAAAAGAAGUCCACUGGAUUGCUUAAGCGUAUGGGAAGUAUUGGAAAACGGCGAGGCGAAAGCUCCACGACACCUUCGCUGUCUGACGAUCCUGGACCAGAACCCGAACAAGGUGAUCAACAUGAAGUUCAAGUUAACCCUUUGGAUCAAGAUCAAGUUUUACCAAAGCCAGAACUUGACACGACUGUUGAGUCCGAAAAGCAAGAACAACAAUCCACCAACACAACGGAAUCUAAAUUAGAUUCCACAUUGCCAGAGCCAUCUGCAUCACCAGAACCGCCUUUCAUACCUAUAGCGGUAGAACAUCCAGUUGCGAUGCGUGCCUUUACAAAGGAGGCGUGGAAACGACGCCGUAAAACUGAAAUCGUGAAACCUGUAGAAGAACCGAGUCCGGGUGAUGCUCUAAAGCGACGCAUUGCAUUCGUCGCGCAGGCGUCAGUUGCCUUGUCAGAGGAUCGUGACGAUGACGAGGAUGAGGUUGAGGAAGGAGGGGGUGAGGUGGGGACACUGGAGGCGGCGGUUUUACUGGCCCGGCAGCGACUCGCUAUGGCUGCGCAUUCGCCCGCGCCGCCGCAUUCGAGCGACAACAACGAAACGGAAGAGGAGGGGUGUGCGGACACGACUACGACGGACGCAGCGGACACGAUGCCGGCUUACGGAGACCUCAUCGAGCCGGAAAACAAAGCUGACAAUGACGACGUACCACCGGUGAGUGUUAGCGGGUGUGGGCGCUUGUGCGCCGCGAUAGCCGUCAGUGGGCAAAAGCUGCCCGUGCGAUGCGCGCGCGCCAUGACCUUCGAGGAGAACGGUGACGAGUGCUACCUGACGGUGUGCGAGUGUUGCGGCUUCAGCGCAGAGACGUCCCUGUUGAUUCCAUCGGCAUCUGCGGGUGGUGAGAGGCGAGAACAUUUAUACAAAAUCCUCGUGAUCGGAGAACUCGGUACGGGGAAGACUUCUAUCAUUAAGAGAUAUGUACACCAGUUCUUCAGCCAGCACUAUAGAGCGACGAUUGGAGUCGACUUCGCACUUAAAGUUCUCAAUUGGGACGCGAACACCGUUAUACGUCUACAAUUAUGGGACAUUGCGGGUCAAGAGCGUUUUGGGAACAUGACACGCGUAUACUACAAGGAGGCCGUGGGAGCGUUCAUAGUGUUCGACGUAUCCCGCGUCGCCACAUUCGACGCAGUGGUCAAGUGGAAGAACGACUUGGACACCAAAGUGCAGUUGCCUGACGGGUCGCCUAUACCGUGUAUACUGUUGGCUAAUAAGUGUGAUCAGCAAAAAGAAGGUAUAGUGAAUUCACCAGCGAAAAUGGAUGAGUAUUGCCGGGAGAAAGGAUUCGCAGGCUGGUUCGAGACCUCCGCUAAGGAGAACAUCAACAUUGAGGAUGCGGCUCGUUCAUUAGUUAAUAAGAUUCUUCUAAACGACAAACUGCUUCAAAGCAGCGAUAAAGAUGGCGAUGGAUUCGCCCUCGACCACAAGAUCGCAAACGGAGAAAAUAAUCGCGACACAAGUUCAAGCAAAUCCUGCUCUUGCUGACCGACCACGGGCAAGAAAUGUGGUCACUCGGCUCACACUCGUGGUCAUAUUAAAUUGUGUUUAUAGUGAUUUAUUAGUUGUUAUGUUAUAUAUAUUUACAUGACGACACUUAAUCGAUAAACAUAUUUCUGUUCAUGAGUCAACAAUAUAUAAAUUAACUUGUUUUUGCCAAUUGCUAAAAAUACUUGAUUGUAAAUUAAUAACAUAAAAAUACAUUUUCGGUUAUUUUCUUAGUUUUUGAAACGUUAUUUUGAAAUUAGAACGUUUUAAAGUUAUUCGUUUUAAAUAUUUUGCUCAUGAAGAAAACAGUCAUUUUGUUAAAAUCGAAUUUUAUUAUCUAUUAAAAAAAAUCACCGGACGCGAUACUGAGUCAGACCUUAAGUAGAUAAAAAGUUGUCGUGUUCAAUUGUGGCCUUAAUUUAUUGAAUUUACGUAUAUUUAAGGUCAUAUAAUCGUCGAAUUUAUGGUAAAUAUUUAUUGUGAAAUGCGUUUCACGGUUGUAAAAGCAAGCUAUUGUAUAAACAGAAGUCGUGUAGUUUUUUCAGUUUGUUAUUUUAAUAAAAAAUAUUAUUAGAAGUUGGUGCGGAUUCUUUAAACACACGAGAAAUUUCUUUUUGUGUAUGGUCCUUACUUCCUUUUAUAAUAUCUUUGCGUAUUUUAAUUGUCAAAUAGUUUUCAGUUAAUAGUUUAUCUUGUUUUUACAUAUCGUAAACAAUAGAGACGAAAUAAAGUGCCUCUUUACAUCGAAUUUCUUUAUCGUGCCUACUAAGGUAGAGUACAUUAAGUUAUUGUAAAGUUUAUAAUGAACGCCUUAAGUGCCAUUUUCGGCUAAAGUUAUAUAUAAUUAUAUAAAAAUUCUAGACAAUAGUGUAUAAUAUUCGAGUUAUUUUAUUGUAAUAAGUAUUACUUAUUGUAUGAGAGCGUGUGAGUUUAUUUUAAAAUAAAAUGUUUUGAGAUUAAAA